GACCACGCAGUCUGGAGAAACAGGAAGAGACUUUCUGUCACGUUUCUUUUGCAGAGAAAGGAGAAGCGGACAUCGUUCUGACACCGUACGGAUGCUGAAGGCUUCAUUCAGGGCAGCGAGAUGAAGAAGCAGAGGGAGAGCCAGUGCACUCAGAAGACCAUCUCAUUGCUGAGCCCCCUGGGGACGAUCCAAGUCAGUGGAUGUGAGAAUGGUGUGCACACCAUCCAGAUCCUAAUGGAUGUCGCACCUGCUGAAAGGAGCGGCGAGGCCCCCCUGAGCUGUGUGGUCAACGACAGCCCGGCAGAAACGAGCCCGGAGUUGCAGCGCUGCGUUGAAUGGCUCCAGGCGUACUUCAGUGAGCCGCAGACCACUGGGAGUCUCCCGCUCCCUGCCUUUCACCACCCCGCCCUGCAAGGAGACGCGUUCACCAGCCGCGCGUUGCAGGUACUUCUGAAGGAUGUGAAGUUUGGAGAGACGGUCUCGUACAAACGCCUCGCUGAGAUGGCGGGAAACCCCAGAGCGGCGCGAGCGGUGGGAGGGGCCAUGAGGAGGAACCCGGUUCCUCUCCUCAUCCCCUGCCACAGAGUCAUUUCUAGCAGUGGACAGAGUGGGCCGUACAUGAGCGGCAAGGGCGACCAUCUCAAACAAUGGCUGCUCACCCAUGAGAGGCAGAGAAGGGAAGGCUAAAGCAUGACAGAGGCCAACUGUCCUUCAUUCAGUACACACACACACACACACACACACACACACACACACACACACACACACACACACACACACACACACACACACACACACACACACACACACACACACACACACAAGGCCGGGAUUUUUUUUUUUUUUUUAAGAACACAAAACAGGGCCAUAAAGUUUAGCGUGCUUGGAACACUCUGCGGAACAACUGCUGCUUGUAGAUAUUCAGUUUAUUCUCCUUUAAAAAAAAAAAAAAAAUUCUAAGAAUAGAGAUGCUGCAUAGUUAAUGUGAUACAGAGUUGUUGCAGAAUUAGAAUGUACAAAAAUAACUUAAACAGAGAACAGUAGGAAUUACAAACAUAUGCUCCCGUGGGUCUGGGUUGCGUUUGCCAGAUAGUGCUGGAAUGGUUUUUCUAAAGAAUUAUUAUUCCCUUAAAAAUAUGUCUCUUGCAUUGUUGUUGUUGUUGUUGUUGUUUUUUUUUCCUAAGCAGAAUUAGUCUUUGUACCUCUCGUUGGUUUUUUAAUUUCCUGCCAAGUGAAUGCUUUGUUCAACAUCCAGUGAUAAAGGCUCUGAAUUUUACUGCUACAAAGCUUUGUAGUGAAGCAUUUGUUUUGUCUUCAUUUAGAUCUCAUUGUUUGCUCUCGCCUUACAAUCCACCUACAGUGGAGAUGUCUUAUGCAUUAUAUACUGUACUUUUAUAACAUUAGACAUGUUCAAAUAAAUACAUCUCAAAAUGA